AUGGAUGAAAGAAGAAAUAACAAGGAAACUCAUAGGAGAGGAAACGGGUCUGUCCAUGGAAUUGCUUAUGGUCCGAGUCCUCGACUAGGUCCCAUAUCCUGUCCGUUAACACCAAUAACUCCUCUCGCACUCACAGACACUGGAGAAAAAGAAUGGAACGACAUACAAGACUGUAGCUACUUUUUUCAACAAGACUAUUAUAACACUUCUCUCCAUCACCUCAUACAUGCACCUCUUGCUUUCCCCUUUUCUUCAACAACUUCAUCCUCUUCGUCCUUACCAAACAAUAACAACAACGACAGUGCUGCGUCAUAUUAUCCACAACCUUCAAUACCCAUGAUAUUUUCAACGUUUAUUCAGGAUCCGGGCUACACCUCUGCAAUCCAACAACACUGUCCAUACUACCAGUGGCCUAAUAAAGACUAUCAGUAUCAAAUGCAGUGGAAUGAGGAGUGGGGAUGUGGAGUUGGACAAAUGGAUGAAGAGAGAGUGGAUUGGAUGGGAGCAACAGUAACCUCUGGCGGUGGGAAUGGAGAUAUAUGGAAGAGUCAAGGAUGUGAUGUAGAAGAUAGGAGAUAUAGUGAAGUAGUCGUAGGGUUAGGGCGGUUAGAUUUGAAUUAA